UCUGAUUUGAGAAGAUGAAGCGAAACAAGAAGUAAAACGCAUGUUAUGGAUAUUCUCAUUAGCCUUAUGACUCUACUGAUCGCUUGGUUUAUCAGAAACCCCGAGGAAAUCAGUAACUAAGGACAUUUUUGUAUGGUGUUGACAGUGUGUUUGUGCUUCAAAUGACAUUUCUCUUACAUUUUGCGACAAUCAGUAGUUUGAAAAAAAUAUACACAGAAUCUGUUGAAGCAGAUUCAACAUAUUCUACUACUGAAUGAAAUUAAGAAGAAAAAAAAGGCAGACGACAUUUUUAUUAUUCAUUAAAUAUUUUUAAAACAAUUAUCUUCGGAUGUAUCGUAGGAAUGGCUACGACUCUCGACGUGGUGUGCGCAAGACACCACGUCUCGAGGUCGCCGUGUUUCAGGAAAAUAUACCCGACGACGACUUCGAAUUUGACGGACGAGUGAACAUCGCCGACUAUGACCCCAACGACCCCUACAGCUGCGUCUGCUACCCGAAACCGAGCAGCAUCCUCAUCCCGUCCAUGGUGUACGACGAGAUCCGUUGUCCUCAUCCCGAACGGCAUCAUCUACAGCCGGCACAGGACGAUGUGUUCGCGUACCCGUGGACGGUACAGACAUUCGAACCGCCCACCAACAUGUGUAGGAAACCGUCGUUAGCGUCGCCUCUCGUCAGACGGAAACUGCGGAAGCCAGUAACGGCGAAGACGGCGCCGCCAUUUUUUGACCAACCGGAAACCAAAGCUCCACGAUCGACGCCGCCAUACUCGGCCCCAACCAGGCCGGCGAACGUACCAAAGUUACAAAUGAAACAGCAGGACCAAAGAACGAAGAUUUCAGCUACCCCAGAGCUUUCAAUAAUAACCGAGGAUUUACUGUACCAGCCGAAAAGGGAGUUUGAACCUCUGCCCUUGGAACAUGAUUAUCAACAGGAGAUUACCCAGUUUGAUAGUGUGAGUCAGAUUUGCAUGCCAAAGCCGAGUCCCAACACCUUUCGUUAUCCGUCCAGAAACAAUGUUCGUAAGACUCCAGUUCACGAUCCAAGGGUCAGAAAGUUGGCCCCACGAACGAGACAGAUUCUUAGCAGGGAUCUUCCGACUCGACACAACUUUUUCGGACAGACUCGGGAUAGUAUAAGAGGACCGCUCUACGCGUACAGCCCACCGCACAAGGCUGGGUCAACACCCCAGCCCAGAGCAAGAACCAGCAGUAUCCUGGGUCAACCCAACAGACUGUUCACCGGUUCAUACCUGGAUCCACGAACUGGUAAGAAAUACGAGUACGAUGUUAAAUACGGUAACAAGUAUUUAGAAGGAACCCGGAAGCUUGUUGCUACGUAACAACUCGGGUCAUACAAUGGCUAGAAACAAACUGUGAUUCUAAGUAUAUUUAUCCACGUUUAUGAAGAAUGACUCCAGGAUCGUUCAGAUGAAGACGUAAAGAUUGAACACCAGGUGGAAGCAUAAUAUAAUAACAUUCUAAAGACGUAUUCCACCAAUUGGAAAUUAUAGUUGUUUUCACACGAAGAACAUAUUUCAAUGAUGUGUUUUACAAGUCAUUAUUCAUGAAAUGCAUCGAUAUGACCCGAAGUGAAAUUCUCUGGGUUUAAUCCCCCAUAUAUCUGAGUGCAGUUGUGUGACAGAGACACCGGCCCCAAGUUCAGCCAGCAAACGUUUUGCUAACGUCAGCGAACUAUUUGAUUGGUUCCCAUCAUGGUCAUUUGCUUUACUGUGAAGCGCAUAAACCAGUCUAGCGGACGUUUUCCCGCUCGUUCUGGCUGAACGCAGCUCGGCUUGUAUUUUGUUGACAGUCUUGCCAAAUAUGUUUGUUUACGUUUCCAACAUUGGAAUUACACAAGAAGUGGUUUUUAUCUUCGAAUAAUGGUACACAUUGUGGAUUAUACUAACAUGUUGGAUUACGACAGUGGAAUUAUUAUAUCAUUAAAAUAUAUCAAUAUACAAAUGUAUUUAGAAAUAUAAAAGUAUUCACAGGUAUGAAACGUGCUUAUAACAUUAUAUUUUUAUAUCACACAUGAAUAUUCAACUAUAUCAAAUGUAAUAAAAAAUAAUAAUUAGAUUAAUAAAAUGUUCUG